CAAGCCGUUGCUUGUACUCAGCUCUUCUAUUCCAGCAUCCUUUGGCUGUGUGCAGGUGAUUGCAGAGACAAGUGCCUGGGAAUCCUUCCUCCUUUAUAGAUGCCACCGAGGAGCAGGAGGAGACAUCCUCGUCCCCUCCGUCAUCCAUAUCAGUGGUAGCAGCCUGUAUCAAAACAAAGAAGAGCGCCACAUAAAAGGAUGUGAGCUGGGAAGCUGAGCACAGAGAAGAGGGAGUGAGCAGGGAGCCUGGCAAUUCACCACUACAUCCUCUCCGGCAGGGUACCAAUCUCCAGCAUCCACAGCGAACCCAGCCCUUGCACCGUGGUUUGCAGGUAACAUGGACACAGAUGACCCCCUGUUACAGGACGCAUGGCUCGAUGACGAAGACGACGAGGUGGCCUUCAGAUCACCUAUAUGCAAGAACUGCCAGUGGACUUCUAAGCCUUUAAAAGACUCCAUGCCAACGUGCGAGUUUUGGAAUAUAGUGGGAUGGGUGUUUACAAACGUUUAUUGCGCUGCUUUUCUACUGGCCUUGGGCUGUUUGGUCCCCGUCGUCCUCUCGGUCAUCAUGUUUGUACAUUACCCGACACUUGACAUUGACAUCUCUUACAAUGCAUUCGAGAUCCGCAAUCACCAGUCCUCCCAGCGGUUCGACGCGCUGACCCUUGCCUUGAAAUCUCAGUUUGGCACCUGGGGGAGGAACCGCAGGGACGUUGCAGACUUCACAUCCGAAACAUUGCAGCGGUUGAUCUUUGAGCAGCUACAGCAACUCCACCUGAAUACCUCCCAGCAGGACGGCCCUGUACGGGUCAAACGCAACUCCCCGUGGUGCAAUAACACUUUGAGAACUAAUGGCUCAAUCUCCACUCCUUCAGUACCCUUGACUCUGGCGGCGAAUCAGUCUCGCCACCCACGUGGGGCAUCUGUUAAGGAAUAUUCAGGUGUUUACGUGACUCCCAACACGCAGAGCCAUGCUCACUGGCGGAUUGAACUUAUCUUUUUGGCCAGAGGGGACGAGGAGAAUAAUAUCUUUACUAAAGAACGUUUGAUGACCAUCCAUAGGAUUGAGAGGAAGAUCAUGGACCACCCCCACUUCCGGGAAUUUUGUUGGAAACCUCAUGAGGUCUUAAAGGACCUUCCAUUGGGAUCUUAUUCUUACUGUUCACCCCCUAGUUCCCUCCUGACCUACUUCUUCCCCACGGAGAAAGGGGGCAAGAUUUACUAUGAUGGUAUGGGCCAGGACCUGGCUGACGUGCACGGAUCUCUGAAGCUGGCCAUGACUCACCCGGAGUUUUACUGGUAUGUGGAUGAGAAUCUCACGACAGAAAACCUGAAAAGUUCUCUACUGCGGAGCGAGAUUUUAUUUGGCGCUCCUCUGCCCAAUUACUAUUCUGUGGAAGACCGUUGGGAAGAGCAGCACAGGAAGUUUCAAAACUUUGUCACCUCCUACGUUGGCGUUCUGUCCAAAGAGUCCACCAGUAAAGUCCAGGUUCUGUACGGGGGGACCGACCUGUUUGACUAUGAAGUGCGGACGACCUUCAACAAUGACAUGCUGCUUGCGUUCAUCAGCACGGGCUGCAUCGCCGUCCUCGUUUACAUCCUCACCUCAUUCUCAGUGUUCCUGACCUUUUUUGGGAUUGCCAGCAUCGGCCUCAGCUGCCUUGUGGCUCUUUUCCUUUACCACGUGGCCUUCGGGAUACAGUACCUUGGAAUAUUAAACGGGGUGGCAGCUUUUGUCAUUGUUGGUAUUGGGGUGGAUGAUGUGUUCGUGUUUAUUAACACGUACCACCAGGCCAAGCACAUCAAAGACCCUCGUCACCGUAUGAUCCACACCAUACAGACGGCUGGGAAAGCAACCUUUUUCACCUCAUUGACCACCGCCUCGGCCUACGCCGCAAAUAUCUUCUCCCAGAUCCCCGCUGUUCAUGACUUCGGCCUCUUCAUGUCACUCAUCGUCUCGUGCUGCUGGGUAGCCGUGCUGUUUAUAAUGCCGGCGGCGCUGGGAAUAUGGGGAGCCUACGUUUCACCGCUGGAGACGCUGUGCCACUCAAAUUGCAGUGAGAAGUGUCUCAGGAAGAGCAGUCUGAACGUCUAUGAAGAUCUUAUACUAGGCCGAGAAGCCUAUUCCCACCAUGUCCCCAGCACUGUCCCCUAUCUGGACGAUGACAUCCCUCUGCUGACAGUGGAAGAGGAUGCUGUGGCCCUGGAGUUCGGUGACGUCCCCCUGGUCUCCGUCCUGCCAGAUAACAUAGAGCAGAAGAUGGAGGCUGACCGUACAGACCAGCUCAUCAGGUGGUUGCACACCAUCCUGCACCACUGCGUCCUGUGGACCACCGUCAAGGGCCGCCAUAUUACCGUUGGUUUUUUUGUGCUGGUCCUUAUCCUUUCUGUAUCAUUUGCGGCACGCCUUCGUCCGGCCAGCCGGGCCCCAGUGCUCUUCAGACCCGACACGAAUAUUCAGCUACUGCUGGACCUUAAAAACAACCUAAGUGCGGAAGGAAUAAGCUGUGUCACCUGUUCAGGGUUAUUCCAAGAGAAACCUCGCAGCCUUCAAAACAACAUCCGGACCUCAUCGGACAAGAAGAAGAGAGGCUCGCUGUCAAUGGGGAGCUCACAUGGAGUCUUCAGUGACACCGGACAUGAAGAUCUGCAGAGAACAGUGUACAUUACAAGGUGUCCAUGGGAAGGGCGGACUACAAUAUAUAGACUGUCAUUGAACGCUACGGCUCCAGCACCCUGGCUGUCCACCCCGUCCCGUGAAGAUGAUGUCACCUCUUUCCAGGUGUAUAAGAUUCCUUACGGUAACUACACCAGGAAGCUGACCGCUUGUGUGUCCACCAUAGGGCUGCAGAGUGACGUUUGUCCCAAGAAGUGGAUGAUCACCUCCUCAGCCUGCGACUCUCGCCGAGGGUGGAAAUUCGACUUCAGCUUCUACGCUGCUGACAGGGAGCAGAAUUACACCAGGAAACUUUACUUCACCUUGGUGCACAAGAACCCCGUGCAUGGAAAGAUCUGCACCUCUCCUGCUGGGUGCCAGGGGUCCGGGUCUGAUGUGUCCAACAGAGGGGCCUUCUAUGUACCUACAGAAAAAGCCACUUCAAAGAAGUUGUCACCAACCCUGGAUUUUAACCCUUGCCUGAACACAGCCUGCGGGAAGCCUGCUGUCCGGCCUCUAGUAGACACCGGAGCCAUGGUGUUUGUGGUGUUUGGAAUUCGAGGGAUAAAUCGGACCAGGGAACCAGAUAACCAUGUACUGGGUGAACUGGGCAGGGUCAUCUACGAUGACAAGUUUGACCUCUUUAAAGAGAUCGGUAAUCUGUGUAGUCUGUGCAAGGUGAUGGCCAGCAACAGGGAUUUGGUGAAGCCGGGCGGAGCUCAGUGCCUUCCCUCAGGGUACAGCAUAUCAUCCUUUCUUCAAAUGUUACACCCUGAAUGUAAGAACAUUCCCGAGCCAAACCUUCUCCCGGGUCAGCUCUCCCAUGGUGCUGUCGGUGUAAAGGAUGGAAAAGUCCAAUGGAUCUCUAUGGCAUUUGAAUCGACCACCUACAAGGGCAAAUCGUCUUUCCAGACGUACAAGGACUAUCUGAAGUGGGAGUCUUUCCUCCAACAGCAGCUGCUGCGUCUCCCUGCGGACUCGGCUCUCAAACAUGGAUUUCAGACCUGCGAGCACUGGAAGGAGAUCUUCAUGGAAAUUAUAGGAGUGCAGAGUGCUUUGUACGGCUUGAUUCUGUCGCUGGUUAUCUGCGUGGCGGCUGUGGCGAUCUUCACUACACACAUUCUCCUGCUCCUCCCGGUGCUUUUUACCAUUUUAGGUGUGGUGUGUCUCGUGGUGACCUUAAUGUACUGGCUGGGAUGGGAGAUGGGAGCAGUAGAGGCCAUAUCCCUAUCAAUUCUGGUUGGCUCAUCUGUGGAUUACUGUGUCCAUUUGGUAGAGGGAUACCUCCUCGUGGCAGACAGUGUUCCUCAACAUCUCAAGGAGGACCCAACUGCUUGCCGUCAAUGGAGAGUCAAAGAGGCUGUUCGCCACGUUGGUGUAGCCAUCGUCUCCAGCGCCAUCACCACGGUCAUAGCCACCAUCCCGCUCUUCUUUUGCAUCAUCGCUCCCUUCGCUAAGUUUGGGAAGAUUGUUGCGUUGAACACCGCCAUCUCAAUUGUGUACACUCUGGCCGUGAGCACCGCGCUGCUCAGUAUGAUGGCGCCCAGCACCUUUGUCAGAAACAGGACUUCUUUCCUCAAAGCCGCUCUGGUGGUCAUCCUUUGCGCUGCCGGGAGCUUUUGUGUUUACAUAGUCCUGCUCAAAACAGGGUUGACCAUCCCCAUUCUUAACGGGACCCCGCCGUAGAGCAAAAAAAACAUUUUUUAGACACAUUUUUAUAUACACAAUUUUUUUCCUCAAUGGUGGGUAUUGUCAGAAGUGAAAAAAAAGCAACACACUGUGUUUUCUUUUACGACAAAUGCACUUUAUUUUAUUGUUCUCUGAUGCAUACAACAGCAGACGGGCCGUCAGGAGCUGUGCAGAUUAAUGAGAGGGCAGAACCUUUUGGCAAGUUCCUUAAUUUAUGGAAGCAUUUGUGGCCUUAAUAAGCACUAGCAGUCUAAGAUUGAUGGACGUUACUCCGAAAGAGUGGCCUACUGAAUUUAAAGAGUUUCCAACCAAAUCUAAAAAUUUAGUGCUUGGGCAUUCAGUGUAGAUGAACAUAAUGCAAGCAUUCUCGAUGUGCUUUCCAUCAAUGGUAAGGAUUUCAUGAUAAUACUUCUUUAUCCCCAUUGGCCUUUUGGUCAAAUUAACUAAGGGUAAUACAUGUAACUGUUAAUUGUACUGAAAAUUAUAGCAAACUUUCUUGGUGCUCCUUCAAAAAGUUGACUUAUCCUUGAAAAAUGUAUAUAAUAUUCUCUACAGUUAAUCAUUUAGGUUAAACCCCAGACAAACCGCUUACUACACAGAUGAAAUAUUGGAGACCUGAUGUUUCACUGUUAUAGUUAAAGUGGAACUUCACCCAAAAGGGGAAGUUCUGGUUGUUUGCAUCCUCCUCCCCUCCACUGCCACAUUUGGCGCUUUUCCCUUACUGGCGAGGCCGGCUCCUGGACCCAAAGCUGUUUGAAGAAUUGGCUUGGGUGAGGACAUGGCUUGAUCCCUGGACAUGUAAGUGUUCUUAAAUUUAAAGUUAGCAGCUACAGUACUUGUAGCUGCUGAUUUUUUUUUUUUUCGGGGGAGACUGGAGCUCCUCUUUAAGUAACCUAUAAAGGUCUUGCCUUUCCUCCAACCUGUGACUUGACAGAGAAAGAUGAAGAAGCAGACUGAUUAGCUCACUCUGCCCCCCCCCCCCAUAUAAGCAUGCCCUUUGUUAGCACAAGAACUACAACUGACUGGAUACUUGUGCUGCUUCUCCCUCUCCCAGACUUAACUUUGCUGUCUGAGGGCUACAAAAGACUGACAUCAAGUCAAAUUUGGGCACUUACAUUACAAAAUACAUUUAAUAAUGUAUUAAUGAAUGCAACGUUGUAUUGCUCUCUAUCUUUUAUAUCUGCCUGGAGCUCAGUUUAUUGGUAAAAUUGUUUCGUUAUCCUGAACCAGAGGACAAUCUGAAUCUGUUCACAGGCCACACUAUUGAUAUAACCUCAUCCUGUCCAUGUCUUGUGCAGUCAUGUUCUAUGUGGAGUGCCUAGGGUUCAAUGAUGAUGUCUUUGUUUUGUACCAUGCAAAACAAGGAAGUGGACCUGGUGCCAUAGGACAGUGGUUCUCAACCUCAGUGCUCAACUACCCCCAACAGGCUAUGUUUGCAGGUUUUCCUUUAUCUUGCAUAUAGAAAUCUGAAUUUUGGUCCCCAGGCGUAUCUGGUUUCAAGAAUACGGCGCAUAGAUACAACGGCGCAUCCUAGAACUUAUGCGGCGUAUCAACAGAUACGUUGGCGUAAGUUCUCUCUGAAUCUGGCCCAAUGUAUAUAUUUCUUAGAGGCUAUUCUUAAACUUUUUCUUGCAUAGGUGAUUUAAAUCAGAGUCAAUGGUUUGGUAUUUUGGACAGCUAUUUUAUCUAAGAGAAAUUCCAAAAACAUGGCCUUUUGUGGGUACGUGAGGCCUGAGAUUGAGAACCACUUCCAUAGGAUUAUCACUGGGGUCAUAACAUAGCUGUUAGUGAAAUUUCACCUAAAAUGUUUUUUUUUUAUUAUUGCAAUUGUGCUGUGGAUGUUGGCAUUUCAAACAAUCCAUGAGUUUCGCCCAAGCUUCAGAGGCUGAGGCAGUAAGAUCUCUGCACCUGAGUUUCCUGCAGGACCCACCUUUAGUGUUCAUUACAACGUUAUAGUUCCUGUUUUUAUAUUACGCAGAAUACAACAGGGGGUGCUCAAGGGAGUUACAAGCGGUCACUUGUUAAAUUAACCAGGAGCUAUCCACGAAUGAAUACCAGUUUUAUGUUGCUUGACGCUUUAAAGCCUAACUUCAGUCAACAUAUUUUUUUUAUAGCAUAAGGAAGGGUUGGGAUCUCUGCCAGACUUAUUACUAAUUACAAAAGCUGUAGCAGAUGUGCCACAAUUAUAAAACGUAUUUUUUUAAUAAAUAUAAGGAAAAAUAAAAAAGUCAACACAUUUCAGAGGAAAACAUGUCUCUUCAUGAGGGGUUUAAACCUUAGAUCACCUCAAAUAUGUCUGGACUUGACUGAAUUACAAUAAUAAUUAAUCAUCAAUAUACAAUAAUAAUAUGUAAUACAAUAAUAUUCAAUAACAAUUUUCAUUCUACUGAAUAUCGAAUAAAAUAUCAUUUUGGUCUCUUUCGACCUAUGGUUGUGGCGCUCUCACUACUGCUUGUGUAGUUGAACUUUGCUCAGGACCCCCCCCUCUCCCCUGGGGAUUUUUGAUACUUGUGAGCGGCCUUACCAAAGCAAACCAGAUUGACCAAUGAUAUGGACUUUCACAAGAAUACUGGAUAUUAAUAAGGGAUCUGGCACCUCUUAUGCAUGGACUAGGCUUAUAUUACUGUGUGUUUUUCUUCUGGAGAGAUAAUAUCACCAGGAGAGAAAAUAAAAAGAGAAAAUAUCCCGAUAUGGGCACAGGCACAGACUCCCAGAGGUUAUAACCCUUCUCUGCUUUCUACAAAAGUCAAAACUGUUUUGCCUAGAGUUGGGCAAUAAGUUGAAGGCAAGCUGAAUUUUACAGAAUUUUUUAAUUAGACAUUGGGUGAAAUUUUUUUUGAAGAAAGAAAUUGGUACUUUGAUUAAAGUUUUGCUCAUAACCCAGGCCCAUUACAAAUGCAGUGAACACAGCUUCUGUACAGACUGAAUUUUUCAAAAAGUUUUAAAAAGGUGUAUGUAUGAGCCCUCAGGAAGGGUGUUCUAUCUGGAAGUUCUUUAAGUUAACAUACAUUGGUAGACAAACUUGUAAGUGAUGCAACACACUUUUUACUCAAUUUUUAUGCACAUGUUGACACGGUUACAGGUUUAAAGGCCAAGUCCAGAAAAAAUAUUCUCCAACUUAGGUCAGGCUUCAUCAUGUCAAAUCACCUAGUGGUUUCCUAUAUUUAUUUGAACUGUUAUCCCAAGAUAUAUUUGUUCUAUGCUUUCUCUACCUUCAAUUUGUGGCUAUUACUGUUGUGUUUGGUUUAAGGCAGAUGGAGGUAGGUUGCCACUCCAGUGAUCCUCGAUUCACCCCCAAAGAGUAACAUAUGAUGGUUGUCACUAGAGAUCAACAAACUUCUGAAAAGUUUGAUCAGUCCGGUUCCACCAAACCUUUUUUUUUUAACUUACAAGUCUUGGAUUUUCUGGACCGGAAGUCCCACGGAAGUCAAUAGGUAUCAAAACGAGCUCCAAUAGUGUGUAUUAAAGGGCAGCAAAGAAUUGUGCAUAAUUGUUUGGGAAGCCCUGCCUGAUGACAUAAUUGGGCCAAGAAAUAAAAACAAUUUUAACGCAGUCCAGGAAACCAAGAAGUGGAUCCUAGUAACCAAAAGAGCCUAAAAAUAAGGGUUACUAGUCCAGAUGGGUGGCACUGGCAGCUGAGCUAAUGAUGCUCAGGCAAUAGUAGAAGCAAACAUAUGGUAGGAACAACCCGAGCCACUUGGGGAAUUGAACAAACAAACUCUGAAAUUCAGAUUGGGACUUCUGAAUUCAUGAAAAGUCCAAUGUGGUCCGAAUUUCGGGAUCAACCCUAAUUGUCCACUAUUCUGGGGGCCUAUUACAGUUGAAUUAAGAAUAUUCUGUAUGUGCUUAGGCACCUUGAAAUUUCUGUAGACACCUCCAGGGCCAAUGAAAAAUGUGAUCUCUCUCCAGAUAACCAACACAAAAAAAUGUUGGCCUCAAAAGUCAAACACUCGCCUCUUCCACUGCCCGUGCCACCAAAUGGUGCUCUUUGGAAGAGAAAUCGUCCUCUAAAGUCUUCAGAAACCAACACCUUUGGGAAUGUCAAUCUUCUAAUCUUCUGAUCCCCUGCUACACACAUUGGUUCUACCUGCCAAACUCCACAUCACUACUGUGUCCUGUAGCGAUGUAGAGUUCAGCAGGAGAAACCAAUGAGUGUAGAAGGGACCAGGAGUUCGACACUGCCAGAAGGGUCAGACUUAAAACUUCAGAGGAAAAUAUAUUUUUAAAUAGAGCAGCUUUCUGUGGUAUCUGCCUAAAGGGAUAAUGGGGCCAAGAAAUGGAAACAUUUGGAUGCAGUCUGGGAAACCAAGAUGAAGCUCCUAGCAACCAUGGAAGCGUUUUCAUUUUCCCCAUAGCUUUGACUUAAAAUGGACUUAUUAUAAUAGAAUUAUGGAUUCUAUGACUUUAUGAAUAACAGUAAAUCCAUAGGGUGAACAAAACAGUCAUUGAACUGCCAAUUCCCCAAACAAAAUAACUAGCUGAUGGGUCAGUUGGCCCGCCAACAAAUAACAUUUUUUGAGGAGACUUGGCCUUUACGGUAGGAGAGAACCCACGUCGUUUUCUCCUUCUUAUUCUGAGUAUGCCGUUUUCAAGGCACCGUUAGUUCACUUUUAUGAAAACUGUGCUUUUUUUUCUAUUCCUGUGGCACAAGACUUGGAAAACGUACAAUCAAGUGUUAUUCAUGUGUGAGCUGGUCAGAAAUUCUUACUGUGUUGCAACAUGUUUUUUUCG